AUGGAAAAUCCUCCAAAUGCUGAAAAUACUUCAAAAAAAUUCGAUGUCGAUUCGAAGGACGAAGAAUCUAUUUGUGGAAAGACAUUCAAGUACUUACCAGGAUGUCUACAUAUGAACUUGUAUUUCGUGGAUGAACACGAUUUAAUAGAAUUUCAAAAAGACACAAGA